AUGCAUCAAAGCUGGCGGUGUGGACGCCCGAAUAGGCAGUCAGGUCAGGCCUGUGCCGAAAUGAGGCUGCCACCAGCUCAGCUGGCCGUGUCCGCCUUUCCUUCGACCCUCGUCCUCUCUCCUCGUCGUUGCGGUCUUUCCUCUGCGUCGAGCUUCGUCGGCACUGCAGCUGUUCGCCAGCCAGCACAUUCGCUUCCUCUCUUGCUAGACCGGCAGGCCCGCUGGUCUUGUCUAGGUAGCCUUAACAAGACGCCCAGCGUGUCGUCCACAUCGGCAGGCCACUCAUAUCCUUCUAGCCACGCCGACUCGACGCCGGUGAACACAUACACACCCUAGUCAUUUCUUCGCCGCGCCAGAUCGCUCCCUGCCUUUCUUUCUCCCCCCUUUGAACCCUACUACUUUCACUUGCAUCUUUUUAUCCGUCGUCACCUGAGUAACGAAUAAUGUCUCUACGACCUCCAUCUACCAGUCCAAGCCCUUCGCCCGCGCCUAAUGGAAACGCAAAGGCAAAUGCGCGUGCGUCUAUGGGUCCGUCUUCUAAUCGUCCGGCGCCCAUCAACCUUGUGAACCCGCCUGCGUCGCCUCGCCCUGGGUCAGGUCGUCCAACCAGCGAGCUUCUUGGUAAUCAAGGCAUGUUCCAGACUCCGGAAGCUGAGGCUAUCGACCAAUGGUUUGAAAAUUUGCAAAAUUAUGAAGCGACGUUGGAGGAAAUGGCUGCUGCAUCUCUGGAUGUCAAUUUCAAAGAGGAACUGAGUGCGAUCGAGCAAUGGUUCCGCGUUCUCUCGGAGGCCGAGCGCACAGCUGCUUUGUAUAGUCUUCUGCAGCAUUCGACUCAAGUGCAGAUUCGUUUCUUCAUCACAGUCCUGCAGCAGAUGGCUAGAGCAGAUCCGAUGACUGCACUUCUCAGUCCUAAUGCGGGUGGUUCGAUGCAAAGCCAGAUGGAAGCCAAGCUCGCACAAAUGGGCCUAAAAUCUCCUGGGCUUAAAUCUAACAUGCCCUCUUCCCCGUCCGCGCGUAAUUUUAGCGGUAAUUUAACGGGUAACCGUCAGUCACUUGCGGUUGAGCCUAGCUCGAAUUCCUUCCUUUCUCCCGACUCUGCUGCGAAUACCGGUGGUAACAACGAUGCGGCUGCAACUUUAGCUCAGCAGCGUGCGAAACUUAAGGCUAAUGCCGCACAUCGUAUCUCCGCCCCUGCUCUGGCCGGUGCUGGCGGAAGCAAUGUUUGGGGUGGUUCUGGUGCAAGCUCUCUUGGUCAAGUUGCUGAACGCAUUGCAGACAGUGAUGGUGCUCAGGAGAUUACUAUCCCUGCCCCAUCUGGUGCACCAGGCAGUGCGCGUCCGAAGAGCACCGACUUUAGCGGCCUCUUGCGUUCACCUCGUCUAAACAACGUCGCGAAUGAGAACGAAGGUCUCGAGGCCCAAUUGAGCCCUAUGGUCGGCGGAAACUGGGCUAGCAUGGUUAACACUCCUCGCGAUCUAAUGUUUGACGUUCAGAACCAGGGCGGUAAUCAAAAUCUUGACGCUGCGGCAGCUAAACUGGCUUCUUGGCAAGUUGGCAACUCUGGGGGGCGUUUCAGUCUCGAUGAUGCGAAGAAGUUCCGCCGCACCUCGAAAAGCACCACUAACGAAAAUGGCGCGAACGCUAUGUCGAACGGCCCAACGGGGAACAAUCCGAACAAUGUUGUCUAUGGUGAUGACGGGAAUGUCAUCAGUUCGGGAUCUCAACGUAACAGUCGUUCCCAGUCGGGCCUCAACAAGUCGGGCUAUCCGGGUAACUCGCAACUACGCAGCCCUGCACUCUCAAACGUUUCAUCUGGUCGCUUUGGUGGAAGUGAUGAUGGUGGUUUUGGUGCGGUGGGCAUGAACGCCUUCGGUAUUGGCAUGCCUUCACCAAGUCUUCAAAAUAUGGGUGGACUCGGUAACAUGGCUACUAUGCAACAACUGAUGGCUGCGGCACAAAUGGGGCAGCUUAGUCCGCUUCAGAUGCAGCAGCUGAACAUGAAUAUGAUGGGCAUGAACAUGGGUAUGCCGGAUGUUCAGAUGCAGGCACUCCUUCAAGCGCAAAUGGCCGGUGGUCUUAUGCAGCCCGGAUUUGGCGGAUUCGGAGCCCAAGCCGCGUUGCUCAAUAAUAUGAACAAUCGCGGGAACAGCUCUCGCGGUUCGUCGCGCAUGGCGAGUACUGGCAGCGGCAACCGUAGCAACAACGGUCGCGGAGAUGGAAACAAGGACAAGGAGGACGACUUUGAUCCUAGCCUUCUGAAUGACGUGCCAGCGUGGUUGAGAAGCUUGCGUUUACACAAGUACACGCCGAACUUUGAGGGUAUGGUCUGGCGUGAUAUGGUUGUGAUGAACGAAGCGGAUCUCGAGGCGAAGGGUGUCGCUGCACUUGGGGCGAGGCGUAAGAUGUUGAAAACGUUCGAGACUGUACGCAGCAAGAUGGGGAUUAAGAUGCCGGGUGAGUCUGGCUCGGGCGAGAAUAUGGAGGGGAAUAAAGAUGGUAAUUUGAACGAAGGUGCAGGCACGGUUGAUGCUGCGUAAUCUUCUGGAUGAAGGAGCGCCUGGGAUUUAUGUGAAAAAAUAUUGGAUGUUUUGAUUUUCAACAACAAGGUGAUCACAGGGUGGAACCGGCGAAGUAUACUGUUGGGACUGGAGUUAUACGAAAGGAAAGCUCCUGGCUGAAUCUCUAUUAAUAUUUCCCUUUUACUAUUUCUUUUAUCCUUUUCUUUUUGUUCUUAUUGCUGCUCUCCACUUCUGUGACGGACGACCACCAUAUGUUCUCCCUUCCCCAAUAUCUAUCUACGAAGCAGGCCGUUUUGGCUUGUUAUAUGUGUAGGGCAUUGCCGAGUGUACAUACAUCUGAUGAUACCUCAAUAUUAUCUCUCUCUCCAAUCUGC